AUGGGUCCACUAGCCCGAAGUAGUGCCGAAGUGCUGCGUCGGUGGCCUUCGUUUACCGUAGCCGGACUCCCGUCAUGCGCCUCAGAAGGUAAGUGCGUAAAGUGCGUAGUUUUGUCGAAGGCCUUCGUUUGCCGUAGUAGCCGGACUCCCGUACUGCGCCUUACAGGCAUGUGCGUAAGUCCCGUAGAAGGCGGCCCCUUCGUUCACCGUAGCCGGACUCCCAGUCGUUGCCGUCGUGUCGUCUCCGCACUGCCUAGCACGAGAUUUUCUCAAAUGAACCGACCGACCGACCAAAGUCGGUGUCCGAACAGCAAAGCGAUGAUGACGAAGCGCGCGUUCUUUCGUUCGCUUUCCGACUGCCGCAAGCGAGCUGAUAGCUUGCUCCGUGCGCUCCGACGGACGAGGAGCAGGUCACGCCGAGCCCCAGCCGUACGAGCGAUCUAUGACAGAAUCCGAACAGGAAUAUCCGACUAUUUAUACGGCAUUCUUCCUAACAUCCCCGACCCCGUGGUUCGGGAAAAGGCCAAACAGGCCAUCGGUGACCCCAACGGUUUCUCAAACUAUAUAAUGAGUUCUUCCCGAAGAACAGGACCGUUGGCAGGCGGGCGAUGCCGGCGCCGAACGGGUCCUCGACAGCGACCUCUCCUACGAGGGACUUGUUGCCGAACGGGCCUUCUCCGACGAGGACUUUCUGCGCAAAUGGAAGCCGGUAUUCGAACGACCCUGCUAUGCGGACCUGGCCGGAGACCAUCCCGGCCCGCCGUUGAACGAACUAGCUGCGCCCAUCAAGGUGGCCGAUGUCGCUGCCGACCGCCGCCCACCAGGGGCAAAGCUGGCAACAUCUUCACCUCCCGGGUGACUUUCAUCAAGAAGGUGGAGGUGCCUGGCGAUGCCCUUGAAUUCCGUCCCAUCGCCAUCGGGAAUUACUUUGUGCGAAUAUUUCAUCGGGUGCUUGCGAGUCGGUUUGAGGCAGCCUUACCUAAUCAUCGAGACCAGGUCGGGUUUAAACGUCUCGAUGGGGUUGCCCACAAUGUCCUCAAGUUAAAUGCGGCACUAAAUGCGGCCCGGAGCAAACAUGAGAACUUAGUUGUCGCAUCGGUGGACAUCCGCAAGGCAUUCGAUUCGAUAUCGCACGAAGCGAUACUGGGCAUACUCCAACGGAAGGGGGUCCCUGACCUCCUUAUGGGGUAUCUGCGAACCUAUUUCAGCACGAGCAGACUACAGAUUGGAAAAGACUUGAUCCACCCGAAACAUCGGCGAGCUCGUCAAAGGGGACAAAGCAGUUCGUCGGGUCGUCCGCAGGUGGCUCCGGCUACCGGCGGAUUGUCCCAAUUCCGCGAUACACACUCCCGCGAGAUUCGGCGGUUUGGGGUGAACUCUCUAGAGACCUUAUACUCGACAUUAAAAGAAAGCCGCCUAACCCAGUUGUCGUAUGGUGAUGAGGAAGAUGCCGCGACAGCAUCUAAUCCCGCCGUGCGAGGGUCUGGUCGAAGAUCUCCACAGGAGAUUGGACACCAGGGGCCUACAGGGGGGUAUGAGAAGGUACCAGCUGUCAACAGCUGGCUGGACCAUGCCCCCACCAACUUGGCCGGACACGAUUUCCAGGAGGCCAUUAGGGUGCGCCUAGGCUGUAUGGGCACGCCAUCCCGGCUCAGCCGGGGUGGUCGUUCUGUCGAUACCAUCUGCAAAUGCGGGAGCAAUGCUCGUAUGAGCCUGCCCCACAUAGCCCAAGCCUGCAGCAUCGUUAGCGGUCUCCGGAUAAAACGCCACAACAACGUCGUCCUAUACGUGGCACAGAUCCUGAAAGAAAAGAAAUUCGACGUAAUCAUGGAACCUAGGCUUCAGACUGAGCGCGGCCUCCGUAAGCCCGACCUUGUGAUCCUGGCCAAGAAGGAAAUAAUUGUCCUGGAUGUACAGAUACGACCUGACUCUGUCGUAUGCACUCUGGAUGCAUGCAACAGGGAAAAGAUCGCGAAGUACAAUCAGCCGUACGUUCUUGACGCGAUCCGAGACCGCUUCGGGCAUGGCCUGCCCAUCAAGGUCAUUGCUCUCACCUACAAUUGGCGCGGGCGGCUGCACAGCAGUCCUACCAGGAUUGCAUCACAAACAAACUAUUAA